CUACCUUUAAAGAUUUAAUCAAUAAAUUACAAAAAUAAUAAUUAAAUUUAAAAUUCUGAAAUUUUAGAUAGUUCAAAUAAAAUAAAUAUGCUAGAUUGGAUUAUAAUCAUAAUUUGCUUUGCAGGCGUUGCCUUGGCAAGAAUGUAUUUGUUUAAAAAAUCUUACUAGUCAAAAAUGAAAUAUUAUACAGAACCAUCAUUAUUAGCAAAGGAAGUUAUAGCAGAAAAUAAAAGAUAAACAACUGAAAUAUAAUUUUAGAAAACUAUGAACAUUGAAAAAGUUGCAGAAUAGGUUGGUUUCAAUCUUGGAUGUGUUUUGAGAUUAAUUGGAUAAGAAAAACCAGAUUUUGAGUAGAUUUGCGAGAAGCUAAGAAAUAUAUGUCUUUAUAUUAACAUUAUAAAGUAGAUCCAUGAAAAAAAUACUUAAACUCUGACUGAAUACUUAAAAAUAUUAGGAUCAAUCGUUGGGCCACGUUUGGAUACUUUCUCUAAGAUUAGAAAAUAUAUUGAGGAAUAGAACAAAGAUCCCAAAUUGAAAAAGAAGCGUGAUUAAUAUUUAGACAAGUCUGUUGACAGCUACAUUUAGCACAUAGUUGAAGAUUUAAGUGCUUACAUGUUUGGAUUUUGAAUAGAUAUGUUGACUAUAUAUUUCAUUAUUUAAAUUUAACUUUAAGAGUUAGCUUAAUAAUAAUAAUAAUAAUAAUUAAUGUAUCUAUCUUGUUUUAUCUCACCUUAAUAAAUUAAUUUCAUUUAAUUUUUAUAAUUUUAACGCAA